GAGGCCGAAGGGCGGGGACGAGCGGCAUGCUGGGGGAGCUGGCGGCGGGGAGCGCGGAGGGGCUCCUCCUCAUCCAGGACUCGGUUAGCUGCGAAGGCCGGACUUUGCUCAAGAGUUUUGUGACUGCCUCAGUGCAAAGGGGAGAAUCCGUUCAUGUUCUUGGCUUUGACCUCCCAGAAGAAGAAUUCAAGACAGGAUUCCCCGCCAGUGUGACCUCCCAGUUGCAGUACCAUGAUGCAUUUCGGGAUCCCCUUGGCUGGACCGGGCAAUGCUGCAGCUUCACCCUGGACGACUUUGCAAGCUCAGCGCUGGUGGAGAGGCUGGCUGCUGGGACGCAGGGACCGGCCACAAUCGUGCUGGACUCGCUCAGCUGGCUGCUCCUUCGCUUGCCGUUUCCUCGCGUCUGCCAGGUCCUUUCGCAGCUGCACAGGAAGGCACAGGUUGCUGGUCUGAAAAUCACUUGGAUUGUGGCCCUCCUCCAUGGCGACCUGCACCAGCCAGGCCAGCUGGGGGCCCUCCACGCCUUGGCCCGCGUCGUGGUGAAAGUGUCUCCAGCUCCAGAGUCCAGGGCAGGAGGGGACGAUGCUGCCUGCGUCGCUGUUACGCUGCACAGGAAACGGGGAAGCAAAGUGCUGCAGAAAAAAGAAUACUUCACAGUGCUCCCGAAUUUGGUUCUCAAAUGCCUUGGGGAAGUGCCAGAGGACGGUGUUUCCAGAGAGGAGGAUUCCCGAGUCCCAGCUACGGCGGAUCCAGCUGCCAAUUUGACCUUUAACCUGCGUUUGUCAGAGGCUGAGCGCCAGGCAAAGGAGGCUGUACCUCUCCCUUAUCAGUUCAGCGAGGAGAAGAAAUCAUCUCUGCUGCAGACGUCAACCAGUGAGGGAAAGAUCUACUAUGAGCCAGAUGCUGCUGAUGACAUUGAUGAGGAAGAUCCUGAUGAUGACCUGGAUGUCUGAGAGUGAUCAGCUGGGCUGAUUGUGGAGGGGUGUGUGCGCUCCUAACUGCCCUCCCCUUUGCUGUCGGGUGCACCCCGGAGAAGCUGAUGCUGUGCCGUUGAGAACGAACUGAAUGCCUUCUAGGCAUCACCACCAGCACGAUGACCUUGUGCAGACGCUGUCUCAGAAGAAAAAGAACCAGCCUCCUGCCUGGGAGUAGAUCUCCAUGGAGAACUAGAGGGGAUGCUUCCUUGAGAUGGAAGACCCUGACAUCGGGUAGAAGACCUCGAAUGGCCUCUAAGAAUGGCCAAAGAUCGUUUCACGCAAAUGGAAAAUUGAGCUACAUUAAUUUUGUUUGAAGGAAGAACUUUGGCAGCGGGGAAUUUCUGCAACUGAGAGAGCAGAACACGCCACUGCGUGCCUUCUUUUUUUUUUGUCUUCUUUUUUUUGUAUGACAUUCAUUCAAAUAUUUUCAUGUAGGGUCAACUUUUGACUCCCAUGAUGAAAGGGAAGUGGGGGAGAGUUCCUUUGACACUUUCCUGAUGUUUAAACUCCGCAAUUAGUAAAAAUGAAUGCCUCCUGCUUCUCAGGCUUUUUGAAACUGGCUGUUUCAAAACGGGACUUGCUCUUCCUUGCUGAAGGCCCCUGUGGGACAGCAACACCAAACUCUUCACUCUCACCCAAGCAAGCCCUUGUUUGGCUUGGCCAGAGAACUGGCCCUAAACAGGUACAUUCCACUGCUGUUGGUUAAGAGAAAGAAAGAGGGAACUCUUGUUUCAUCCAACUUUCCCCUUAUUGUUCUUUUAUUAAAUUGCACUUGUUUGUAGAAAAUGCGUUUCUGCCCAUUAUUAAUAAAGACAUCCGUUUUUUAUUAUGA